AUGCUCACAUCCACAUCCCUAGUUUAUCCAUUACCUAAUCGAAUAGUUGAUCGAUUUUGUUUACAAAUCCUACCUGAAAUUCAUAAUAAAAUCGAAUGGCUUAAUGUUGAAUCAUUUUCAAUGGAACAUAUUCUUCUUGCUACAAACUAUCCCAAUUUAUAUGAACUUGGUUUAUACAAUAUCCAAAUAGAAAAGGAUAUGCAUCUUUUUUCCGAUGAAACUCUUUUCAGUUGUAUCGUGAAAAAUCAAAUUUCAUCACUUGUUAUCGAUAUGAAUGCAAAUAGGGAAUAA